AUGGACAACCCAGUGUUGUCUAGGUCCUGUGCUUUACUGAUAACCCUGGUGAUGAGCUACUGGUCAAUUUUCUCUCUAGGAUGUGACCUGCCUCAGACACAUAACCUCAGGAACAAGAGAGCCUUGAUUCUCCUAGUUGAAAUGAGGAGACUCUCCCCUCUCUCCUGCCUGAAGGACAGAAAGGACUUCGAAUUCCCCCAGGAGAAGGUAGAUGCCCAGCAGAUUCAGAAGGCUCAAGCCAUCCCUGUCCUGAGUGAACUGAUCCAACAGAUCCUGAACAUCUUUAGCUCAAAGGACCCAUUUGCAGCUUGGGAGGCAACCUUCCCAGACUCGUUUUGUGAUUACCUCCACCAGCAACUCAAUGACAUGCAAGCUUGUCUGAUGCAGCUGGUGGGGAGGCAGGAACAUCCCUUGACUUUGGAAGACUCCCUGGUGGCCAUGAAGAAAUAC